AUGGGGCCGCCCCUCUGCUGGCUCCUGCUGCUGCUGGCCGCCCCCCUGGGGGAGCCGCGGCCGCCCCCGACCGUGCCCUGCCCGGCGGUGUGUGAGCCGGCGCGCUGCCCCCCGCGGGACCCCCAGCUCUGCCUGGCCGCCGGGGGGCUGCUCCAGCCCGACCGCUGCGGCUGCUGCUGGCUCUGCGCGCCCGGGGAGGGGCGGCCCUGCGCCGCGGGGGGGCUCUGCGCCCACGGGCUGCGCUGCCAGCGCCCCGCCGCCCGCCCGGCCCGGGGCGGCACCUGCCUCUGCGCCGAGUCCCCCCAGCCAGUGUGCGGCAGCGACGGCCGCACCUACCGCAGCCUGUGCCAGCUGCGGGCCGAGAACCGGCGGGCGCGGGUGCGGGACGCGCCCCCGGCCAUCCCCGUGCAGCAGGGCGGCUGCGGGGAGCCAGGCUCCUUCCAUCCUGACAGCCUGAGGUAUAAGUUUAAUUUUAUUGCUGAUGUUGUGGAGAAGAUUGCUCCAGCUGUUGUCCAUCUUGAGCUCUUUCGCAGGGUGUCCUACUCAAGCCAAGAAGUUCUUGUGUCCAGUGGCUCCGGAUUCAUAGUGUCAGAGGAAGGACUGAUUGUCACUAAUGCGCAUGUCCUCACCAAUAAGCAAAGAAUCAGAGUGGAGCUCAAGAGCGGGAAGCAGUACGAAGCUAAAAUCAAAGAUGUUGACCACAAGUUGGACAUAGCCCUGAUCAAAAUAUAUCCUGAUACUGCUCUCUCUGUACUACAGCUGGGCAGAUCCUCUGACCUCCGUCCUGGGGAGUUUGUGGUGGCGCUGGGCAGUCCCUUCUCCUUACAAAACACUGUAACGACAGGAAUCGUCAGCAGCACUCAAAGAGGCAGCAAGGAGCUUGGCCUGAAGGACUCUGACAUGGCAUACAUUCAGACAGACGCCAUCAUCAAUUAUGGAAAUUCAGGUGGGCCCUUGGUGAACUUGGAUGGUGAAGUUGUAGGGAUAAAUACGCUGAAGGUAACGGCUGGCAUCUCCUUUGCCAUCCCCUCUGACCGAAUCCGUCAGUUCCUAGAAGAAUCGCACGAUCGGCAGAUGAAAGGGACGAUUCGACCCAAGAAGAAAUACAUGGGAUUCCGAAUGCUUCCCCUCACUUUUAAUCUCAUCCGUGAACUGAGAAUCUAUGAUAAAGAUUUCCCGGACCUGAACUCUGGAGUCUAUGUUUUUGAAGUGAUUCAAGGAACUGCUGCUGCAAGCUCUGGCAUGAGAGAUGGUGAUGUGAUUAUCAGCAUUAAUGGAAAAACAGUCACCUCAACAGAGGAUGUAAGUGAAGCUGUUAAAGACAAUGAUGUUCUUUCAAUUGUAGUUCGUCGAGGAAAUGAAGAUGUGAUCUUGAAUAUAAUUCCAGAUGAAAUUGAUUAAAGGCUGACUUCCAUCAGAAAUAGUUUCAUUAAACAAAGUCAGACCUGCACUAUGUGGCCUAA